AUGGAUGGGAGGAACCGUCGGCGUCAGUUUGGCGGCCCCUGCCACUGUCUCCGGCCCCUGAUACGGCUCUGGGGCGUCGUGACUGCGAUCGUGGUCAGCGGCGUCGGAAUAGACAUAAUGGUCCACGGUUACACUGCAGGUGUUUAUAUUAUAGUUGCCUCCGUAGUUAUAUUCGUACUGGAAAUCAAAUGGCUCUUCACGCUGUUCAUAGUGCUGUUUUGUAAUGUGUGUAAUGGUGGGAAUCUGUGUAACGACUACUCCUCCCGCUGCUAUCGGUGCUGGAGCAUAUGCCGAUUCUGCGGAGGUUGGCACCUAACCUUUCCCUACGUGGCCUUAGGCGUUGCGCUCAUCCUGUGGCCCCACCGGCUGUGGCUGAGCCACGUGGCGGGCGGAUUGCUGAUCGGACUGGCGCUGCUGCGGCUGUUAACGGUUUGCAAGUUUCGACCGCACGAUAAAGACGAUGAGCUUCUCAAUCAUUUCGAUGAGCACGUGGAUAGGUACGACAAUCUGUCCGAUGUGCUGGUUGAUGAUUCGAUGCCCGAACUUGGGCAAAGUUUGGAGGACGAGGACCCAGACGAGGAUGAUGAUGACAACGUGGACGAAGAUGAUGUUGCCAUGCACGGGGUGGACAUUUGACCCGAUCUGCCCGGAAGAAGACAGUCCGUGAUAGCCGUGAGACGAUGCAUGAACCAGAACUACGAAAAGUUGGACAACGAUUGUGACUGUGAUGUCAUCAAAUAGGCCAGCGUUCUGUGGCGAGUUUUGUAAAUAAAGAAAGCCCCCCUUUUGUGCGAUUGUAGCGUCGAAUCCGUUGUACGCUUUGCGUGCGAGGCGCUGUUG